UAUCCAGGCUUCAUGAGUUAACAACAACUACACGAGAUGCUUGCAUGCUGAAGUUUUUACAACUAAAAGCAAAUAGAGGUCUAACAAAGGGCUUACAGUGGACAUGAGAUGAGUAUAACAAUAUAAUAAUACAUUCUAUAAUAUAAAGACAGCUCUCCGUUAUGUUGACAUGCAGAUUAUUUGUGAAGUGACUUCCAUCUAACCUUGUUAUCACUAAGAAUGCUAUUACAAAACACUCUUGUUCUGUGUACUUACAGCCUGAAUGUCUAACUACAGUCUUGGAAAAUGCCCACAACAGAAGUGCUACACAUACAGCCUGACUCCUCCUGUUGUAUGUUAUUAGGUUUACUGGGAAUAAUGUGAUUGGCUAAACAGCUCUGUCAAAAAUGUUAGACAAUCUAUGCUUCUCUAUGCUUCAUAGAGCUGCAGUGGUCAUCUGAACCCUGGAAAAUAAAAAUUGACCCAAAACAAACCCAUCAAUAUGCAGUAUCUUGCUCUCAUUUUGGGGAGUGAAAAAGACAGUAUAUGAAGAAGAACCAAGAAACCCAGCUGAAAGUGAUGAGAGGGGCAAACUUUUCUCACACCGAUGUCAGAGACAGGUAGAUGAAUCUAACUGUAAUCCUCUUAGCUAAAAAAAAAAGGGCAUGCUGCCAGUAGGCAUGGGGCAUCCAUACUUUUUUUCAGUUAGGACACACAUUUUUGUUCUUGUUUUGUUUAAUGGAUGCUAAUCUUUGGGUUCAGCUGCAAUCAAACCACUUUUUAGUCCACAGUUUAAAGAAAUAAAAAAUUAGAUUAGACAUAACGUUAAAAGAACUAAAUAUUCCACGGGGUGUCCUAAUUUUUUACAUGCAUGCCUGGAAGUGGAACCUACCCUCCUCGUUCCCAAAUGUGGCCCUCUAGUCUUUUUGUUUCAAAUUGGAGCAAAACAUCAUCCUCUUAUUGUUAAGGGUGACACCUUAAACCACAUGUGGAAGCUAUUAAACAAGAGAGUGGUUCCUCCCACUCCUGCUACACUCUCCCACAAGCCAAAUCUCUCUCUCACUCUAGGACAUGCAGACCAGAUGAAUCAACCGUUCCUACUUUACUCAGCUAAACAGGAGCUGAGGAGUUUUACAUCUGAAGUCAGAGGAAAAAACAGAAUCAGCCAACGUUAUUCAAAGAGAAGCAAAACCACAUGAGAGUAUGAAGGAUUACGCAAGGAUUUCCCAGAAAGAUGUCUCCAGAACUAAGACGAAGUGAUCAGGGCACGGAAAGUUGGAUCUUUACAUGGACUCACUCCGGGACUGGACGACAAGGUAGCCUGGUGUCGUAUGGUUGCUCCUGAUUCCGUUUUCUCAGUAACUUGAGUGGAUGAAACAGAAGGUGGAACAGAGAAGUGAAUCCUGCUCAGGCUUUUAAAGGAGAAACGAAAGACGCUGCACUUUGGCUUUUGUUGGCCCAAGGAGGGAAGCGGAGAUCUGCUGAGAUCUGGUUUCAGGGUGUUCACCAUGAUGGAGCACUACUGUUGCUUCAAACAACCCACAGCAUUCUGCAAAGGAGCAAGCACUCUGCUAAAGAGCCUGAAAAAGGCCUACUGGACAUGACAGCACUUGGUAGUUGGAGGGACAGAAAGAGAAGAAGAACAAAAAGAGACAGGACAAAGUUAGGAAAAUCAGGAAAUUGUUUGAUUCUGAAGGAGGAUCCUGAAGAUGUUGCUGAGGUUCAAAGUUCAGUAGAUUUAAGCCGGAGUCAUAAUGUUCAUUAACUUCCGGCGCAUCCACAAGUGGAAAUGUGUGCAGCUGCUGACCACAGCAAUGGUGCUUUGUGUACUGACGGUCUGCUGGGAGGAGCUGGACCAUCAUGUUGUGAGCCACGUGAGAUCUUAUUCCUACCGCUACCUGUUCAACAGAUAUGACUUCCUAAAUACCACCAUCUCCCAUUCCAAUCACCCUAGGAAGGAUGGUUACAGCAGGGUGGCUGGUCAUUCAGUGAAGUAUCCAUACCUGAUCAACCAUCCCAACAAAUGUAGGGGUAAAAAUGGGAAAGUUUGGGAUGAUGUACUGUUGCUUCUGUUUGUGAAAUCCUCGCCAGACAACUUCAAGCGGCGCCAGGCCAUCAGAGAAACGUGGGGUAAUGAGAGUUUUGCCUGGUCACAGUUGGGUGUAAGUGUGACGCUGCUGUUUGCAACGGGCAUUUAUGCAGAUGAAGCUCAUAGGUCCCGCGUCCAAGAUGCCCUGCAGCAGGAAGACAAUGCCUUUGGAGACCUGAUCCAGCAGAGUUUCAUAGACACGUUCCAUAACCUGACCACAAAAUUGAUCAUGCAGUUCCACUGGAGCCACAAGUACUGCCCGCAGACACACUUUCUCAUGUCAGCAGAUGAUGAUAUUUUUGUUCAUAUGCCAAACUUGGUGAAGUACUUGCAGCAACUUCUGGAUAGCCAGUCAGGUGCAAAGGACAUAUGGGUAGGGCAUGUUCACAAAGGAGCUCCUCCAGUUCGUCGGAAAGACAGCAAAUAUUUUGUUCCCUAUGAUUUGUACCCCUGGCCUUCGUACCCGGACUACACAGCUGGUGCGGGGUACGUGGUUUCAGGGGACGUGGCCUCAAAGAUCUACCAGGCCACCCUGGUGCUGAACUCUUCCCUGUACAUUGACGAUGUCUUUAUGGGAAUGUGUGCCAAGAUCAUGGGGGUGUCUCCCCUGGAGCAUGCAUACUUUUCAGGGGGGGGAAAGGCUCCAUACCACCCCUGCAUAUAUGAUCACAUGAUUACAUCACAUGGUCACUCCGCAGAUGUGCGUUCAUUGUGGCGAGCAGCGAUUGACUUCAGAGCAUCCAACAGCUCCCGGGGAUUUCUGGAUGAACUGUACUGCACAGCAGUUAGGGUGAUGCUUCUGUGUCGGCUACAUUUGCAGAGCACAUACUCCUGUACAGCUGCUUUUAACUAAAUGAUCUCUGAUGGACUACACAACAUUUCCUUUGACAGAAAACAAAACAAGUGCCUCUUUGUGUCAUGUCAUUGAUACUGGCUGUGUUGUCUUUGAGCUUUCUUUGAAAUAAAGAUCAAAUGUUUUCUGUGCAAA